GUCAGCGGAAGUGGUUUUAAGAGGAAGUGAACUAAAAAUGAAGUCUCGAAAACAACGAGUAAGACGAGUCGGGGAAAAGCCCUAAAAGUCCCACAUCCGGCCGAAGAAAACCCCCAAAAUGUUCACAAAACUCAAGCAAAAGAUUGAACAAGAGGGGGAAGCAACCCCUGUCAGCCCCAGGACAGCACGAAAAAGCAAACCGCCCCCUCGAGUUAAUGGUUGGACGGAAAAUAAAUGGGAGCGAAGGCGCCUGAGUAACGCUAGUUUGUACGAGUCGAGGGAGUCUUUAUUGAGUUCGCAGUCAGGCGCUUCGAGCUAUUUAUCCAGGAGAGGUUCAUUCACGAGUAGAUCUUCUACUGCUACGCCUAUUACUCCAGUUGAGCCUCCAAAUAGCACGAAUGACGCCGGGAGGGCAUCGCGCGAGGAGAUACUUGCCAUGUUAGCGAGAAAGACAGAACAAGUCUCCAAACUUGAAGUCAAGAUCUCAGAUAUGGCAGGGCUCCUGAAGGAACAUUCCCGAGCUAAUGAGAAACUGAAGGAAACUCUAGAACAAGCGAAGACAGACCACAGCAGAAAGCUUCAGGAUAUUGAUGAUGAGUACGAGCAGAGAAUUGAGAAGAUGAAGGCAGAUCAUGCAAAAGCUUUACGGGAAAGAUCACAGGUCAUUGAGUACCAGACGGACUCAACAAGAAAAGCGACUGAAAUUUUAGAAAAAAGCAAGGAACUAGAGUAUCUUGAUAAAGAAUACACAAAACAAAAAUAUGUGCUGGACGAAUUACAAGAGAGAUUGAAUGACCUUACACAAGAGAGGGAAAACUAUGAAACACGAGAGAAAACACUACAAAGCAAAAUAACAAGCAUAGAAAAAGAAAAUAAUUCCUUAAGGGACGAACUGAACAAAACUGUCAGUGAACUCACACAGAAAUCGCUGCAACUGAGCAGAGUAGAGAAGGAUUUAGCCCAAACAGAAUCGGAACUGAAUACUGUGCGACAGUCCUAUACACUAUUGAAAAACAAGACGACUGCUGAGUUGCAAGAUAAACAGACCAUGUUAGAGAGUGUCCAUGAGCGAAACAGCGAUCUGGAAAGAAGAUUACAAGACUGCAAGCUAUCAGGAAAUGAUAAAUAUGACUCUUUGGAGAGAGAGCGGCAGACACUUGAAAAGCGCUUAUCUGAGGCACGUGAUCAGCUAAAUGAAGCCCGGGCGAGUACCAAUGACAGAAUUAACACUUUGAACUCCCUGGUCAGUACAUUGAAUGAAAGACUGGAAAGAAAGGAAUCUACAUUGAUGGAAUGUCGACGACGGCACGACGAAGAAUUAACGUCAUUACAGGAAAAGAUUAAAAAUUUAGAGGAGCGAUUAUCGAGUACAAACCAGCUUAUAUCAAGUACAAAGAAUGACGAGAGUGGAAGGAUACAGGCGCUUAUAAAACGGAACGAUCAGCUAGAGCUGGAGCUCGAGCGAGCGAGACAAAAUCUAAACAGCAGCAGUAAAGUCGCGGAUGAACAGAUAUCUGAUAUGGAAUCUGAGAUAAACCGUUUAGAAGAAACGAGACACCAAGAGAAAGCGGAGAUGGAACUUAAAAUGGCGCAGCUGAAGGAGAUUGAGAACGAGUACUCGGUAAAGGCGGAUCAGUACAAGCAGCAUAUCGCGGACUUGGAAGAAGAGAAGGACCAACUUCAGAAUGAGCUGGACUCUCAGACUGAGGAGCUAAGACAGGUCUCACUGUGUCUUGAAGACGCGAUGAAGAGAACAUACGAACUCAAAAGCCAGAUUGCCCACUUGCAAGAUAAUCUGAAAGAGAAAGAAAGUCUGCUAACGUGCUAUAAUAGCUCCAAGAGCGAUUCCGGUCCAUCCUCUUAUUACUCGAGUCCAGUCGACCAUUCCGAUGCUUACGAUGCCUUGCGUGGAGACCUUGACACCACUCGGGCUCGAUGCAAAAAGGCCGAAGAAGCGUUACUAGAAAGGGAAAAGACCAUCAUGCAACUGAGGAGAGAAGCAAGUGACCGAGAGGAACUACUGAACCGAUCCACCACUAAGCUAAAACAAUACGAAGAAAAUAACCGGUUUAUCAAGAAUGACAGGAUUUAUGCAUCCGAUGCACGAGAUAGCCACAAGGUGAUCUCAGCCCUUAGGCAGCAAAUUCAAGAGAUGGAACACGAAAGAGAGAUGCUCCAAUUGGACGAAAACGAGCUCCGAGAGCUGAGAGAAGAGCGUUUACGGCACGAUAGGGAACUCACCGAAAAAGAAAAGAAAAUUCGACUUCUACAAUCUAAAGUUACGGAGUUAAAGAAAGCCUUUCAGCGAGAACUGAAACUUCCUGUUCCAGGCGAAGAGUUGACAGGAAGCACGCCUGACUCACCCGGAAGUGACACUAAUAGUAUCGUCGCAGAUAAAGACAGGCUGGAAUACCUCGAUAUGAACUUCAAAUACCUAAAACAUGUCAUUCUGAAGUACAUGUGCAGUGAUAACAAACAGUCUCGUCAACUAAUCAACGUCAUCGCACAUCUGUUACGUUUUUCGCCGAAGGAACAAAAAUGCGUCUACGAUGCCGUAGAUUGGAAGCUGCCAUUGGAAAGCUAGUUGUCCCUCAGUACUUGUGGUCAGCAGUCUACAACAUGGACACCAUCCGCAGUAGCUCUUUCACAUAAGCUCUUGAUGCUAUGAAAGAGAGUUAAUUUAUUUGUAUAGAAAAUUAAUUGAUAAGGUUUAAAAGAAAAUACAAAAUUCUAUAGGUACCUACAUAUUGCUCUCGUUUUCUGGGAUAUUUCAUACUUUGUACAUAUAAGAAUGAAUUCGUAAUAAUAUAGUAUUUAUAAAUUAGCAGAAGAUAUUUAUUAGGUCUAUCCAAAGGGAUUUCAUAUCCAAAUGAAAUUCUGUUAAAAUCCCUACUACAUUUGAAGCAUAUAAAAAUAGUUUAUACAGAUUUUAACUCUAUAUUAUUUAUUGUUAUAAAGAAAGCAAGCAAAAAUAAUAUAUUAAAAAAAACUUUGUUCCUCAAAA